AUGGAACAGAAUAAACCCAUCCACAUCGAACGGGGUUGCUACUUUGACCUUGGCCCGGAUACAGGCUCUAUUCAAAAUGUGUCCUUUCGCGCCUUCAGUAUCUUCUACCAUGGUGCCUCCGAGCUUCCCUAUUCCAACGCCAAACUGGAAGGUCGACGCACCCAGGAACCUUCCGAGAUUGUGUUCGAGAUCUGA